UGUAGCCUUAUUUCACCUGCUCUGUCCGCAACAUUCGCCCCCGCUCUUCGUCGCAGACGCCGACCGCAUUUUGGCUCCUUUGUAUUUGAGCACCUACAGCAGAAAAUGGUGACGGCGAAGAAGACGAAGAAGACCCAUGAGAGCAUCAACAACAGGCUUGCCCUCGUUAUGAAGAGCGGCAAAUAUACUCUCGGUUACAAAACUGUCCUUCGCUCUCUCCGCAGCUCCAAAGGGAAGCUGAUCAUCCUCUCCAACAAUUGCCCCCCGCUGCGCAAGUCCGAGAUUGAAUACUACGCGAUGCUUGCUAAGAUUGGCGUCCACCAUUACAAUGGAAACAACGUUGAUCUGGGAACUGCUUGUGGAAAGUAUUUUCGUGUGUCGUGCCUUAGCAUUGUUGAUCCAGGUGAUUCAGAUAUUAUCAAGUCGCUACCUGGAGAUCACUGAGAGAUGUUUUCAACUCGUUUACCCUUUUGGUAGAGUUCCCAACGUUUGCUGUUAUUAAAAUUCACCAUUGCAACUUCUAUUAUUCAAAGCUGUUGUUGUGUUAACGAGCCUGCGGAGUUCCUCAUAUUUUUGUUGAGAUUUACAUUCUAGAUUCUGUUCACGUUUAAUUAAUUAUAUUUCUCCUUCAGAUU